UCCGGAGCUUCCUGUCUGAGUCUGGAGCCGCCCCGAGCAGCAGCGCAGCCCCGUCGGGAGGUGUCCGCUCCGGGGAACAGCCGCCGCGGGCGCCGCUAUCGUCGCCUACGGAGCUCGCUGCGCUGUUGCCGGUCUGCCAGCAUGCUGGUGGCGGCGCUCUGAGCCCUCCGCGCCGCGGUAGCUUAGCAUCCGACACCGCAGAGGUGCGGGGAGCCAUGCGGCAGCAGUGGUGCGUCCCCACCGCGACCCCGCGGGCUGAGCCGGUUCUGGGGCGGCUGUCCGUGUCCCCCCCUCCGUCAGAUCCCAGAGCGGUGGGCUGUGAGGCGGAGCCGCGCUACACCAUCGAGCAGAUCGACCUCCUGCAGCGGCUCCGCCUCUCCGGCAUGACCAAACCCCAGAUCAUCCACGCCCUGGAGUCCUUGGAGAGGCUGGACCCCGACCCCCGCCCGCCGCACGGGGACUCUCGAGCCGGCGCCCCGUCCAACAACACCCCCGCCACGGCUGCUCCCGCCCCGUCCUCCUCUUCAUCCUCCUCGUCCUCCUCCUCGCUGUCUCUGGCCUCGGCCACCACGCAGACCUCCGGUCUGGACGGAGCGGCGCUGUCCCCCAGCAACAGCUAUGAGGCGUCCCCCCCGCCGCUGUACCCUCCCAGCGUGGCGGUUCAGCGCUCGUUCAGCUAUGACACCAUGGGGGAGGAGGAGUGGGACCUGGAGGAGAAGGUGGAGGAGUACAUGAGGAGGGACAGCAACCUGGUGAAGGAGGAGAUCAAAAGUUUCCUGAACAACCGUCGGAUCUCUCAGGCAAUCGUAGGCCAAGUCACAGGCAUUAGCCAGAGCUACAUCUCCCAGUGGCUUCUGCAGCAAGGCCUGGAGAUGAGCGACUCCAAGCGCCGGGCCUUCUACCGCUGGUACCUGCUGGAGAGGACCAACCCGGGGCUGAGGUGGACUGAAAGCCAGCACUGUGUGAGUCCCACGCCCAGAGCCCGGGGAGGGGACAGAGACGGGAUGCUAACGGGGGCAGGUGGCCGCCUCGUCAACAUCCUGCCCAACCCCAACUGCAGCCUCAACUCCUCGUGGAGCAGGCAGAGAGAGCUUCUGAUGCGCUUGCUGCCGUGGUACACUGCUACCGCCGCAGCCACUCGGGCCCUGCCAGGUGCCACCCUGUCCAUGCGCUCCUUGGUGAAAGAGGAACCUGACUGGAGGGUUGGGAUCCUGAGCGGGGACAGAGCAGGCAUGGUGGGCGGGCCCCUGAGGCUGCGCAGAGGAAGCAGAUUCACCUGGAGGAAGGAGUGCCAGUCCAUCAUGGAAAGCUUCUUCAUGGAGAAUCAGUACCCAGAUGAAGCCAAACGGGAGGAGAUCGCCAACGCCUGCAACUCUGUCAUCCAGAAACCAGGCUGCAAGCUGUCAGAGUUCGAGCGCGUCACGGCGCUGAAGGUUUACAACUGGUUUGCUAACCGUCGGAAGGAGAUGAAGAGGAGAGCAAACAUAGAAGCUGCCAUCCUGGAAAGCCACGGCAUCGAGGUGCCGAGUCCGAGCUGCCACUCCAACGGCGAGGAGGGCGAGAUGCAGGAGUUUGCAGAUCCGGUCAUCCAUCCGUUCUCCGAGCAGGAGGACUCGUCUUCCCAGCGGGACCAGCAGGACCCCCCCUCGCUGGCCGCCCCUCAGAGCCCCAGCUCUCAGGUCACAGAGCAAAAAGAGGAGGAGUCAAAGAUGGAGACCGCGGACGAGCAGUGACUGCGUCAGUCCGACUCCAGACCUUCACUUUCAAUCUGAUUAAAUAGGAAAGCUAGCUGCCCCCCCCCCCCCUCUGUAGGCCCUUUCAGGCUGCCCACAUACCCCAGGGGGGGGGGCAUGACACUUGCUGAAGUGCCUGAGAUGGUAAGGAGGGCACUGUAUUUAUCCACAGUUAUCCUGCUUCUAUUAACGCCAUAAACAGCGUAUGUAUCACAUAUAUAACCUCAGCGUAGCCACAUGUACUCUGCAGUCCAGCAGGCGCUUCAUGCAGCACAGCUGUCCGCCUCACCUGAGCGUGCUGAGCCUGCAGGUCAGGCGUGGAGCGGGCAGCAUGACAUCCCCCCAUCCCCCCUGGACCGUAGGUCUGACCCCCGUCAUGUCAUUAAACCUGUCAAUCAGUCUA